ACACUCUCUCUCCUCUACCUCCUUGAAUGCCAUUAUUCAUCACCCAAAAGAAAGAAAGAUCUGCAAACUUCACGACGAACCAUGACUGACGAAUCACCACCGCCUUCGACCCCCGACCCGGAACCCAACCCGAAUCCGAAUCCACUAAUCCACCCAAGACGCGUCUCUUUCGAGCACGGACUCCUCCCGAUCCAAAAACUCGUCUUCACCGACCCGAUCCAAACCCUAGCUCCCGUCAAGCAGAAGCUAACCGAAUCCGCCUCGAAUAACCGCGUCGGAUCGGCCGCAAUCGCCGACGUUCUCCAGAUCUCCGGCGACCAUGCGCGUCUCGUUCUCGAGACUCUCGGUUCGGUGCUUCAUUCCGAGUCUGAUCCUCUGGUUAGGGCUAAACCGGAGGAAGUCGACUCCGUCGGAGCUGAUUUGAGGGAUCUGGUUUUGUUUCUGUACAUUCAAUCGUAUAAGAAGUUGCUGCCUAGGACGCACAAGGACUCUGCAGCGGUGGCUGAUGUGUGGCCGUCGACUUCAGCUUUUGAUGGGUACUUGUCCGCGUUAUCACCGAUUCAGCUUGUUCGCAGCAACAGCCGUAGGUUUAUGCCAUCGCAAGCAGAUGAUGAAGCUCAUCAGCUGUCAUAUCUGCAAAAACAUUUAGCAAACAUCGUUUCUCUCCUUGCAGAGCCCGUGGAAGGAGAGGGAGAAGAAUCACUGGUUCUCUCUAUGGAGGCUUUUGAGCACCUGGGUUUUCUUGUUCAAUUUGGUGAUAAGGGAUCUGAUGUAUCUCCACUGAGCCAAGCUACGCCUUUUUUUGCAAAUUCUGAUCCGAAUAUGCCCGCUGUUCCAGUCCCUGCUUCCCAAGUGCAUGACUGGCUUCUGCAAAACAUAGCUUCCGCUUUAGAAAGCAUUACUGAGAGAAUUUCUGGGAAAGAGAACGGGCCCUCUGAUCAAGAUGAUACGAUGUCAGAUGCUAGCGCUGCUCCGAACAAGGUUGCACCGAGUGGUAGAGGCCCGUGUUUAAUCGAAGGUGUCUCCAAGACUUCACUUGUUAAGCAGGCCUCCGAUCUUAGGGGUAGAUCUGUGAAGGUUGUCAAUUGCCAUGAUUCUGUCAUUUAUCUUUUAGCGCCAUUGAGGUAUGCAACUGUGCAUGGAUGUUCUGAUACGACUAUAGUUCUGGGAGCUGUUGGCAAGGCAUUAAGAGUUGAGCACUGUGAGAGAGUUCAUGUGAUUGCAGCUUCGAAACGAGUGUGCAUCGCCAAUUGCCGUGAAUGUGUAUUCUUCUUGGGAGUCAAUCAGCGACCACUAAUUGUUGGUGAUAACCACAAACUGCAGGUCGCUCCAUAUAAUACAUACUACUCUCAUCUGGAGGAGCACAUGAGUGAGGUGGGUGUUGAGCCAAGUAUCAACAAAUGGGACAAACCAUUGGCACUGGGAGCAGUGGAUCCACAUGACUCACUGUCGCAUCCUGCCGGUGUUGCUGAUGCACAGGCUGAAUCAGCUGCUUGUGUAGACCCUGACCAGUUCAUUAACUUUUUGAUCCCAAACUGGUUUAGCGGCGAGGAGAUUGGUUCGACUAAAGACAAUCCAUUUCCAUUGCCAGAUGCUUAUAUGGCAGCUCAGCAGAGAAACCUUAAGAACUUAGAAGAAACAAGACAAUCGCUAAGAGAAACGCCUCUGGAAGAAAACCGGAAAAAGGAGCUAUCGAGCGCGCUCCAUGUGUAUUUCAAAGACUGGCUCUAUGCAAGUGGGAAUAUAAGGCAACUCUACUGCCUACAAGGUGAUUAAUAAUGAAGAGACAACCCAAGUGGAAGAUGUCUCAUUCCUGUAGAGUGCUCUAUCGAUCAUUUUGGCAUAUUGCUAUAGUGAAGAAAAAUGAGAAAAACCGUUCUGAUUUGUAGUUUGGAACCUAUACGCACCACGUAACUUAUCUGCACAGAACAAUCCCCUAAAGCUUUUCCUUUUAGAGUAUUAUUUUCUUUGUUUCUACUUUGGUCUUGUUUAAUCUUUGUUCCUUUUGACAUUUCAAUCCCUCGUUUUUGUCCUCUUUUGAAAAUCUCGUCUUCUAGACGGAGCAUGAUGGCUUCCUUGAACUGUCAUAACAUAUAAAACAAAACUCUUUUUGGAUG